AAGGGAGAUGAAACAUUGCUAGAAUUAAGAGAGCUAUAGGUACGGCAUGAGGUGACAUACCGGUGCCCGAUCUGGCACGUUGACUGAGCAGCCACUGCUGCUCGACGCAUUGCUGCAGUGUCGGUGUUGGAAGACGGGCAAACGGACGGGCGACAGCUCUCUUGAGCCGAACGGACUGACCGACGGCGUACGGACCUACACAGUGCGGUUCUUUGGGUGACAAAGGCAAGAAGAGUAGGUACUGUGCGGUAACGGACAGAGCGCAAGGGAAGGACUGACGCAAGACGGUUCUUUUAUACUCAGAGGACGGUUCUCCCAAGUUUGACGGACGGCAGUCGACACGUUAACGGACGGACACUUCGCUGGCAGACUGUGAGUUGCUACCUGACAGACGGAUUUAGGAGAGAAGCGAGUUUCGCAGAGCUACACAAGCGCGACGAUGGACGCUGUGGCCGCGGCGAUAGCGCUGGUGCCUCCCAACGCUGCCAAUCUGGUCAUGACCCUCAUCGGCGCCGGUCAGCUCAUCUCGAUGUGGAACAACGUGGCCACGAAACUCCAGACCAACCCCACGGCGCCCAGCGGACUCGGAGGCUACAACGCCGGUGAGCAGUACGACUUUGGAGGGUACGGCGAGUACGACACUGGAGCCAGCGGCCCCAUCGGGUACGACACCGGAGCAUACGGUUCCAGCGGAUACGACACAGGAUUCAGCGGAUACGGCACGGGAUCCAGCGGGUACGGCACGGGAUCCAGCGGUCCCGGCGGCUACUGGGCCCUCGUCCGAACCAGGGCCGCCCAGCUGCAGGCAGCAGCUCGGUCCUCAGUAGGUAAGACGUUCCGAAGAUGGCUCAGGCGCGGCUCUCGGGAGGUCGCUCGAACCCCAGUCGGUGCUGCGGUCGGACGGAGAUUUGGCCGUGGUGUGCAGACGGUUGAGUCCGGAAACGCGCCAGGCCCAGCACCAUCCGUUCAGUACGACCAGGGUAAGUGGCUGCCAAUUGCAGAGCAGCCGUCGUCCGCCGCCGCAGCAGGGGGACGUCUUGGGGAAGCGUGAGACGACUGCCACGCCCUCUUCUCGCUGGAACUGAAUCGCCAUCAGUGAAGUCAAGUACGGAGUGAACAAAGGCGACGGGCAGGUACCGUGCGUUUGCGUGGUUUUCGUUUGAGGCAAUUUUACCUUGAGCGGUGCGUUGUAUUUAUUUUGAACUCAUAUUGCAUCUUAUUUAUUUCAUAGCUAUGAGUGUGUAAGCGCGAGUUAUGUGGCUCAGUACGUGGUGCUGCUCAAAAGCCCUGUAGGAGCUUGGCAGGUCGCUCCAGUCAACGCAUUAUCGGUGUAAGGUACGAGUGGAGAAGGUCGUUAUUUAUUCUGACGUGUACCGACCCACAAUUAACGGUCACGUUUGCUAUUGACAUAAGACGCUUCUUGCCAGUAACCCAAAUCAAAAUAGCAGAAGACACAGCGGUGUAUGGUUUAUUUGAUUCAGUGUUUUACCCGUUGCCGGUGAAUAUACUAAGUAAGCGUCAGUGAAUAUCAAUAAACAAGCAUCUA